ACUUUGGGCAUUUCUCAGAUGGUGAAGAUGACAACCAAUUUGGUUUUGAUCUAAUCUCAAGGGGCUCUAGCCAAGAAAAAUGCAUCCGUGACCACCCAAACACUGAACAAUAAAUUGACUGCACUGAAUCCUGUAGAGAGUUUCGUGAAUUCUUUCAAGAAUACAAUUUAAAUCAUAAAUUUUCUCCUGAACAUUUCAAUGUGGUAACUGAAGACAGAUAUUGGCCAUGUUCAGACUCGAGUGUGAAUGAAUAUAAAAGACAAAGAGAUUGCUUUCCUUAUCAAGGUUUUGGAAAAAAAACUUAAGUCCUAAAGAAAGAUCAAGAAGAAGCCAGUCAGCCCCUCCUUUUUACAUUCAGAAGAGGAGGUUUAUAUCCUUACAUCAUUCUUUGCAGACGUCAAAGGAAUCUACUUCUAAUGAAGCCCAUGAUCCAUGCACUUCUUUAGUGAUCGGUGAUAAGAAGCCUCCACAACAAUCUUCUAGUGUGCACAAUCUAUAUUUUGAACCUAGUAUCGGGAAGAACAGAUCAAAUAUGGAUAACAAGCCGGACACAAUGUUUGGCACCAUAGUUAAAAAAUGUGAAAAGAUUGAAGAUCAUUGUCUGGAGGAUCCUGAACUUGUUGUCGUGCAAGUAUCUACCUCAAAUGGAAAUCAAGAUCCCGAAAUUUCUGCAACCAAAUGGAAGAAUAGUUUUCAACAGAACACGAGCAAUAGCAAAUUAUAUGAUACUGACAAUGAAGACAACUUAGUUGACAUUGCUUCCGGAUUCCUUUAUCUUGCCGCUGAAUCAUCGAUUCCUAAAUCUAUCAGUAAGAAGUGUCUCACAGAUGCCAAGGUUCGGCAACAGGUGGAUAAGAAAUUCAUCCCAAUUGUAGCUCGUGGAACACUUGCUAUUAUUGAUCAGCAUGCUGCAGAUGAAAGAAUAAAACUAGAAGAACUUCGUCACAUGGUCUUAUCUGGUGAAGGGAAGUCGGUCACCUAUUUGGAUACGGAGAAAGAGCUGAUCCUGCCAGAGAUGGGAUCAAAAACAUUGUUCAAAGAUGCAUGGCUCUUAGCUGUAAAGAUGAAUUUGAUUCUUAUUCAUCCUAAGCCGGCUGUUGUCAAACUUCUUGCAGUUAAGCUCCAUUACACUUCUGUACCUUGCAUUUUAGGUGUCAAUUUAUCUGAUGUUGAUCUCUUGGAAAUUCUUCACCAGGUACCUUGCAUUUUAGGUGUCAAUUUAUCUGAUGUUGAUCUCUUGGAAAUUCUUCACCAGCUUGCUGAUACGGAUGUAUCAUCAACAAUGCCUCCAUCAGUUAGUCGCAUCCUUAAUUGCAAAGCAUGCCGAGUGUGCUCAUGGGUGACCAACGACAGCCCUGCUUGUGAAUUUGGAGGCAUUGCAUAA